GUAGCUCCCAAACUCUCACUCUCUCGUGUUGCUCUCGGAGCGCAAACAAGAAGGAAGAGACUGAAGAAGAGCAUGAAGAAGAGCAUGAAGAAGAGCCUAAAGAAGAGCAUGGAGUUCUCCCGUCUCUUUGCCGUCAUAGUGAGUGCACUCUUCCUCCUGAUGGUGCAGUUCACGGUGGGUCACCCCUAUCGAGUGGAUCCCAACGGUCUUCGAUUCAAAAGAAGCGCAAUGCCUCAUGCGGAUGCACAUCCCUACCCGUACGCGUAUCCGUUCGCGGAUGCACACCCAAAUGCACUGUACGGCGACCCGCCGGGAGGGAGGGCGAGGAAACACAAUUAUCCGUGGACUCAGCGGCAAAACGGCGAGCGGACCGCCUGACCCGAGGACCGAGGGACGUCGUCGAUGAAGAACAAGCUCCCCCACCCGUCUACGACAUGCACAGUCGAGUCCCUUCUUGGGGACCUCGACGGAAC